ACAUAUGGUGGAAAUGCAUGAUACCAAAAUAAAUACCUUAAAAAAAAUAUUAGAAAACUGUGUAUAAAUAAAUACACUUCUGUUAAAAAUACAAUGGAUUAGCACGAUUUUAACGGCAAAACAAAUUCAUGGGAUAAAUACUGAAAAACACGUCAGUAGAAGUCACCAAAUUGUUUUCUUGUUCCAAUUUUAAUUCUCCUAAAACUCAAUAAAUCAUUCUGUCUUCCAUCAAUCUUCUCCCUUUUCUUUCUCCCGCCACCUGCAAUCAGCAAUUUCUCAUUUUCUUUGAUUCAAAGCUGAAAAUCAACCUCUAAUUGAACCUUUCUGUUGAUUUCAAGGUUAUAAAUGGAUCAGAUUUCAGAAAAGCAAUACCAAUCAAUUAAACCUAGAGAUGUUUGCAUUGUCGGUGUUGCACGCACACCGAUGGGUGGGCUUCUUGGUUCCUUGUCAACUCUAUCUGCAACCAAGCUUGGUUCUAUUGCUAUUGAAUGUGCUCUUACUAGGGCAAAAGUGGAUCCAUCAUCCGUACAAGAAGUGUUCUUUGGAAAUGUGCUUAGUGCCAAUUUGGGACAGGCUCCUGCUAGACAGGCUGCCUUAGGUGCGGGAAUUCCUAACUCAGUUAUAUGCAUGACGAUUAACAAAGUAUGUUCUUCAGGACUGAAAGCUACCAUGCUUGCUGCACAAAGUAUCCAAUUAGGUGCUAAUGACAUCGUUGUAGCUGGGGGGAUGGAGAGCAUGUCAAAUGCACCUAAAUACCUAGCCUUAGCCAGAACAGGAUCGAGGCUUGGGCAUGACACCAUAAUAGACGGAAUGCUGAAAGACGGACUUUGGGAUGUGUACAAUGAUUUUGGAAUGGGAGUUUGUGGUGAAAUAUGUGCUAAUAAAUACAAUAUAUCUAGGGAAGAACAGGACUCUUAUGCUAUUAGGAGCUAUAAUUGCGGUAUUGCUGCUCAGAAGAGUGGUGCAUUUUCUUGGGAAAUAACCCCAGUGACUAUUCCCGGAAAUAAGGGUAAGCCACCCACAACUAUUAACGAGGAUGAUGGUCUCAAGAAGUUUGAUCCUGCCAAACUGAAGAAACUUCCUCCUAGCUUCAAAAAGAAUGAAGGCACUGUCACUGCUGGAAAUGCUUCACUUAUCAGUGAUGGUGCCGCAGCAUUAGUAUUGGUCAGUGGAGAAAAGGUCAAAAAACUUGGACUUCAAGUGAUUGCAAAGAUUAAAGGUUUUGCUGAUGCAGCUCAGGCCCCUGAAUGGUUUACCACCGCUCCAGCGCUUGCAAUCCCGAAAGCUAUUUCAAAUGCUGGCUUGGAACCUUCUCAUAUUGACUACUAUGAGAUCAAUGAAGCCUUCUCUGUCGUUGCUCUUGCAAACCAAAAGCUUCUGGGGCUUGAUCCAGAAAAGGUCAAUGUGCAUGGUGGAGCCGUGUCUUUGGGACAUCCUUUAGGUUGCAGCGGAGCGCGGAUUUUGGUCACAUUGCUGGGCGUUUUAAGGCAAAAGAGAGGAAGAUAUGGUGUUGCUGGCAUAUGUAAUGGUGGAGGAGGAGCCUCCGCUCUUGUCUUAGAACUGUUAUCAUCACCAGGGGUCGGUCAUUCUAGACUAUGAUAUUCACAUAUCGAAGAACCUUUGGCCGGAAAAUCAUGUGCUAAGAUGGCGUUUUAUACUUGAAGAAGCAACAGAUAAGGCUACCGCGGUAGAUUUUUAAGUGAUUGGUAUCCACAUUCACUCGGCAAUACAAGUAGGCAAUGGUUAGAAGGAAUACACACUCGACUCGCAUGUUUGCUGUUGGGUCUAUUAGCCUAAUACUAAACAGAAUAAUUAAGCCCUUUUGUGUUUAUGUGCUUCAAAUAAUCCCUCCUGUUCUCUAAAUGAACCUUGAAUUUAACAUGUAAAGAAUUCUAUUUGUAUGUUUGAUAUAUUUGAAGUAAAUUCAAGUAAUUUUAUGAA